AUGGAGAGAAGAGUAGAUCGCAUAAUAAAAGGUGAUCUAUCGCCAAUUUCACCAUUCUCACAGUUUUGCUUGACGUCUCUUCCACCAAUUGGAACUUUCAGCGCUCAAGUUGAGCAGCAAAUAAUAACUGAAGAAAAAGAAAAAACCACCAAUGAACAAUCCUCUACCGUACUCCCCUUCCCCUUUAAAUUGGAACAAAAAAUUUUCCUUUUUUGGGUCAGCCCCUUUUUAAAUUGGAACAAUUUUUUUUUUAUCGAAAACUAGUUUUGGCCUAAUUUAAUGAAAAAAGUUCAAGUAUAAUAUCAUUUAAACAGCUUUCACAUUGAAUUAAUUAUUUUUGAAUAAAUUUCUCAUAAAAAUAAAUUAAAAUUCAAAAAUAUUGUAUUCAAUUUAUAUUGUUUUUAAUAUUUUAAAAAAACAUUAUCAAAGAAAAGUAUAAUAUAAAUUGUUUUUAAAAAAAAAAAAAUUAAAUUAGAACAGAAUUUUUUGUCCAAUUUAAAGGGGGAAAUUUAAAUACACCAUGUGGCUGUAAGCGUACACAUUGUUUAAAACUACCCUUGUUUUUAUGAAUAAUUUUUUUUAAAAAAUAAUAUAAAUUAUUUAUUUUUGAUAAGAAAUAGAAUAUAUUGUGAAUGCUUUGCAAAUAAUCGAUACUGUGUUGGCUGUAAAUGCCAUAAUUGUCAUAAUUUACCUAGCUACGAUGAAGCAAGGCAAGCAACCAUGAAGCAAAUCGUGGAAAGAAACCCUGUAGCUUUUAAGCCGGAAAAUAAUACGUCAAUUAAAGUCUGCCACUGCAAGCGAUCAGGGUGUGUUAAAAAGUAUUGUGAAUGCUAUGAAGCUUCGAAAGCUUGCUCACCUCUUUGCAAAUGUGAAGGAUGCAAAAAUAUGAGCACAGAAUAA